CUGGUCCGGCGCCCGGCCUGCGCGCCGGCCGCGCCCGCGCCUUGCACUGUCCAGAUGUCGCGUCGGUUGCGGACAGCGGUUUCUUUUCGUAUCGCCGGUUUCCCAAAUCUAGAAGCAAAGCCGAGCGGCAUUUUCAUUCAAAACUGACGUUCAGCUUCUGAUUGGCGGACAGAGCGAAGAGAUGGCCUCGCUCUUCUUCCUUUCUUUUCCUCUUUUAAAAGAUCUUAUCGGAGACCUGGAAGACUCCGUCAAGGGACGCGGAGCACACAGGACGGGGGCGAGACCGGACCGCGAGAGGCGCCCGGGCGGGCGGGCGGAGCGCGGAUCCCGGUAGUGCCGGGUCAGGUGACGGAUGUUGCCAGGGGGCGGGCUGCCAGAGAUGCGUUCCGGCGCAGGCCCGGGGGCUGCCACCAUGUGGGGCGCCCGCGCUCGCGGGGGGGGCGGGGCGGGGGUGCGAAUAAGGCGGGAAGAAGGUCCUAGGCCGGCGAGAGGCGCCCGGGAGCCAAGCGGCCCGGCCCGGCGCACGCCUCCCUGCGCGCGUCUCCCCGGCCGGCGCGUGGUCGCGGUCCGCUCUCGGGGGACGGGGGCGGCGCUGCUUACCUCCGGUGCCAAAGGGCGGCGCGACGGCGCAGCUCGGCGCAGCGAGGCGGCGAGGCGGCCGAAGCAGUAUGGUGCGCAGGUUCCGCAGGUUCUUGGUCACCGUCCGGAUUCGGCGCGCGAGCGGCUCAUCGCAAGUGCGGGCUUUCGUGGUGCAGAUCCCACGGCGCGCAGGAGAGUGUGCGGCGCCGGGCGCUCGAGCGGUGGAGGCCCUCCUGCUGAUGCUAGUGUGGAGACACCGCAGAGGGCAGCAGCCUUAUCCUAGAAGACCAG